UUGGUGGAGCGCGUUGAGCGGGGCAGAGGAGAAGCGCGGCCCGCCCGGGGAGCGGGGCAGAGCAGAGCAGAGCAGAGCGGCUGGACGGCCCGCGGAGCGCGGUGAGCGGCUGGUCGGAGCGGGCAGAGCGCGACAGGAGAAAAGAAUGAAAGGAAAGACAGAUGAAAUGAUGCUGAGGAAGUAUGUAAGGCUAUAUGAUGGAUGGCAACAGAAAAGAGAAUGAUUUCUGCAGUAGGCCUGUUGGAAGCCUGAAUCUACCAAAUGAUGAUGGUAAUGUUUCUAAACAGUGGCUCUGGAAAAUCUCAAAUUGCUUUUCAACAGUUGAGCAGAUAUUACCAUCUAAUAAAAAAACGAAAAAUUACAUGGAGAGCAACAAACCCGUGCUUGAGUUAAAGGAUUUUUCACUUCCCUCUCAUCGUACCAAUUCUAAUUUCUUUGCAAGUGCCCCCUCAUCUGACCUUCAAUCUUUUCCAAAGCAGCCGUCAAGUGGCAUGAAAGUAAGCUGGUGUCCACAUUGCUCCCCCCAAAUUCACAAUGGUGGUGGUUGCAUUCACUCAGUACGUAGUGGAGCUUUAGAACACACAAAUACUGGAACUGUAACAUGUCAAAUAAGUUCAAGGCCUAAUUUCCACACACCAAAGUCUUGUAAAACAGCAAUUGCUAAAAACCAUUUAGAUGGAGCUCCAUGCCACCUGACUAGUCCGUAUGUUGAGAAUAUUGUUUCCAGCUAUCAGCUUCAGUCACCACUUUCCCAGAAGCUGUCCUGUUGUGGAACCCUUUUCAAACCCUACCAUGGCAGUGUUCCACAACUGCAUCAAGUUCCUAUGUUUCAGAGCUACAACACGUCUAGUCUCUUUUCCUGCACAGAGCUCACUGCUGGAGUUAGUGAGCGCUUGGCAGACCACGGGACACAAGCUGACCAACUUAAACGUGUGUGCACUGACCCUUUACCUUUGCACAUGGGUUCUAUGUAUCUGAAGAGUUCACACCGCUGUGAUGAUUGUUUAAACAAGCCAUCUAGGCGUCCUGUUUUGGAUGCAAUGAAGAUUUGGCCAAAUAUUCCCCCAUCAACUCAGUCUGCUCCAGUUUCAAUGUCAACAUGUAAUGGUGCUCAGAGCGAAAGUCAAAUGACUGAGGCGCCAAUCUUAACAGGAGGAAACUUGGGCCUCCAGCCUCAGAAGUAUGGCUCAUCUGAUGUGGGAAUACCAGGUCAACAACAGGAAAAUCUACCACCUAUUGGGGUGUUUUGGGAUAUAGAAAAUUGCUCUGUCCCAACGGGGCGAUCAGCCAUGACAAUAGUACAGCGAAUCCGUCAACAGUUUUUCCAAGGCCACAGAGAGGCAGAAUUCAUGUGUGUGUGUGAUAUCAGCAAAGAGAAUAAGGAAGUUAUCCAGGAACUUAACAACUGCCAGGUUACAGUUGCUCAUAUCAAUGCAACUGCAAAGAAUGCUGCAGAUGACAAGCUUAGACAGAGUUUAAGGCGAUUUGCUGAAACUCACACAGCUCCAUCCACGGUUGUUUUGGUAUCCUCUGAUGUCAACUUUGCCUCGGAACUCAGUGACCUUCGACAUCGGCAUGGUUUUCAGAUCAUUUUGGUUCAUAAGAAUCAAGUUUCAGAUGCACUUUUACAACAUGCACACAAACAUAUCAAAUUUGAGGAAUUUGUUUUUAACUUACCACCAAGGUUGCCAGAGAAAACACAACAAUGCCAUACUCUUCUGUAUGCAUACAAUUUGCCGAUUAACAGAGAUAGCAAGCAAGUCGGCAACAGACUGCGUCGUUUAUCUGAUAAUUGUGGUGGAAAAGUUUUAAGCAUCACUGGCAGCAGUGCAAUCCUUCGCUUUACAAGCCAGGAAAACGCUGAGCGUGCACAGAAGCGAAUGGAGAAUGAAGAUGUAUUUGGCAACAAGAUCCUUGUAUCAUUUACACCGAAAAAUAAAGAUUUUUGUGAAAGCAAAACUAACUGCAUAACAGUUGAAAAGACAAGAUCCCCCAAAAAGGCGAGUAAACUUACAAAACAAUCUCAGCUGAAUAAAGACCUUGAUGAACAAUCACAUAAUGGAAAAAACUCUGCUGCAAAGAACACAAGGACGUCCCAAGGAUCAGCAGUUAAAAAUGGAAAGGUCAGAAGCUUACAGGAGCUCUGUGGUAUGGAAUCCAAAACCAAACCAAGUGCACCAGCACCUCAGAUCAAAAAGCAAGGAACUGAAUCUCCACCAAUAAUCCACUCUGUGGGUUCUGCAGCUACUCCUAAAAAGACAGGAAAUGGAAAUUCUUUCAAUGGAAACGUUAAGCAAGAAACUCCAACUUCUUCAAAUCCAUUGGAGUGUCCAACAGACAGAAGUGAGAAAAAAGUUGACUUCCGUAUCAGUUCCCCUUCUGCUUUUUCUAAGUUGACAAUUUCAAGGCAUAAUACACCACCUAUUAUGUGCCAUGGUUCCUGGUCUGCAAGGAGUUUAUCUCCAAGCCUCUCAAACCGUUCCUCGCCUUUGAGCACAACUCAAAACCAUUAUUCUGAUGCCCAGACUGACCCAUUUGCAAAUGGAGCAGAUGUGCAGGUCAGCAACUUGGAUUACAGAAUGUCCAGAAAGGAACUACAUCAAAUAUUGCAUGAUAUUUUCUUCAGGCAUGGCAAGGUGAAGAAUGUGGAACUAAGUCCUCACACUGACUAUCAAUUGAAGGCAACAGUUCAGAUGGAGAGUCUCCAGGAAGCGAUUUCAGCUGUCAAUAGUUUACACAGAUACCGAAUAGGAUGCAAGAGAAUCCAAGUAUCAUUAGCCACUGGAAAUGUCAAUAAAUCUUUGGCGUUACUUAGCUCUGAGGCCAUGUUGAUCCUGCAAGAUGCUCCAGCAUGUUGCUUGCCAUUGCUAAAAUUCACCGAACUCUAUGAGAAAAGAUUUGUACACAAAUUGAUUGUGUCUGAUUUGUACAAAUUAACUGACACCGUAGCUAUCCGUGACCAAGUAAACGGACGAAUGGUUUGUCUCCUGCCCAGCAGUCAGGCAAGACAGAGUCCGUUGUCUUCUGUAUUGUCAUAUGAUAGUUCGUCAGCCAAUUGUAGUCCAGUGAUAUUUGAAGAACUGGAAUAUCAUGAACCAAUCUGCAAACUUCAUUGUUCAGAGAAAGGUUACAGCGAGAAUGACUUUGAUCCGGAUUCUUACAAAAUACCAUUUAUAAUAUUGUCGCUAAAAACAUUUGCACCGCAGGUUCAUAGUCUUUUACAUACACAUGAAGGAACCGUGCCACUUCUCAGCUUUUUAGAUUGCUAUGCUUCUGAGUUCACAGUUCUGAAUACAGUGGAAGAAGGAGAAGGUGGCGUUCCUUUGGAACACCUCAUAACCUGUGUCCCUGGUGUUAACAUUGUCACAGCACAAAAUGGUAUUAAAGUUGUAAAAUGGGUUCAUAACAAUCCACCACCACCUAAUGCUGAUCAUUGUUUGCCGCGCUGCAAGAGUCCAGUUGGAAAUCCUCAGCUCAUUCAGUUGAGUAGAGAAAUAAUUGAUCUUAUGAAGAACCAAGCUCACUGCCUCAUAUCUCAACAUAAAUUUAUUCCAACCUAUCAUCAUCACUUUGGGAAACAGUGCAGAGUUUCGGACUAUGGCUAUUCCAAGUUAAUGGAAUUAUUGGAAGCAGUGCCUCAUGUUUUGCAGAUCCUUGGGUUGGGCACCAAACGCCUACUUACAUUAACUCAUCGUGCACAAGUAAAGCGCUUUACGCAAGAUAUGCUUAAACUUCUUAAAUCUCAGGCCAGCAAACAGGUAUUCAUAAGAGAAUUUGGACAAGCAUACCACUGGUGUUUUUCGAAGGAUUGGGAUGUUACAGACUACGGUGUAUGCGAACUGGCUGAUCUGCUUUCAGAAAUACCAGAUACUACAAUCUGCAUUUCAAAACAAGAUGAAGACACGGUGAUUUCUAUCCCUAAGAGAGAUCGUACGCCAGAGGAAAUUGAGAGGACAAAGCAAUUUGCAAAAGAGGUAGUGGACCUAUUGCGACAUCAGUCUCAUUGCCGUAUGCCCUUUAGUAAAUUUAUACCUACAUACCAUCACCAUUUUGGACGCCAGUGCAAACUUGCAUAUUAUGGCUUUAACAAGCUCAUGGAACUGUUUGAAUCGAUACCAGAAGUGUUGCAGGUCCUGGAGUGUGGAGAGGAAAAAAAUCUUGUUUUAACAGAAAAUGAGCAAAUAAAGGCACUGACAGCCCAACUUGUUAAGUUGCUGCGGUCACAGAAGGACAAUUGUAUGAAAUUAUCAGAUUUCCUUAUGGAGUAUAACACCAUUUAUGGAUAUAGUCUGCGACUCCAAGACUAUGAUGUCAAUACUAUUGGUGAACUUAUGCAAAAAUUCUGCCAUGUUGCAAAGGUUAGUAACACACCAUCGGGUAAGCAGCUCCAACUGAUAAACAGGAAGUCUCUUCGCACCCUAACUGCACAACUUCUUGUGCUGUUGAUGUCUUUGGAUGACACUUCACAAUUGACAAUUGAUGAACUUAAAAAACAUUUUGAUUCCACUUAUGGGAGUCCUCUAGUCCCAUCUGAAUAUGGUUUUUUAUCUAUGGCAGAGCUGUUGAAGAGCGUGCCAUACUUGGUUGAGGUAUUCACUGAUGACAAGGGAGAAGAAUAUGUGAAACUCACCAAAGUGUACCAGUUUGCUAAGAAUGUGCGAGCCUUGUUACGCACUUAUCACUAUCAACAAAUUUUUCUGACCGAAUUUCCCUCUACUUAUCACAAGUACACUGGUGAGGUUCUACAACCUAAAAUGUAUGGGUAUGCAAGCAUUGAGGAUCUCCUUGUUGCUAUACCACAGGUCAUCUGGAUAAAAGGUCAUGGACAGAAAAGAAUAGUGGUUUUAAAAAACGAUAUGAAAGUUCGAAACAAUUCUACCAAUUGUUCUCCUGCACUUAUGUUUGAAGAACCUGAGCAGAUACAGGAAAACCCAAAUCGACCAGUAACCUUGGUUUUGGAGAACUCGAGUGAAAAGGAGACAGAGUUUGAAAUGUCCGACUCCUGUGUAAACCAGAUUGAACAGGAGCUUCUCAGCCUUCGUAACCCUUCUCCGAUCGACUUGCUGUGUGGACCCGUGCCAUCCUGCUUGCCAUCCCCUCAGCUCAGACCUGACCCAGUUAUUCCUGAAAGUGCUGAUCUGAUUCAGUUUGAGGAACCUAAUGUUGCAGACAUGUUGGUCUUGACAGAGGAGGAGAAAAUUAUCCUUCCUGCAGCUAUGACUGAAGAGGUAUUUACCAGCGGGAGCGUUAACAACCAGAUGGAAGAGAAUGUUCCCAGUGUAUCUCAAGAUGUCCAUGAAUCCAGAUCGCCACAUGUGGAAGUGACUAACAGCCCUGUUAAGAAGCCCAGGAAUAAAGUGAAGUUGGCAGCAAACUUCUCAAUGGCAUCUUCCAGUAAUAUUUAAAUGAGUUUAAGAAAAGCCUUGUACCUGCAGUUUUUAUUACUCAAAGCAUAAAAAUUGAUUCUGAAGUGCUAAAUCCAAAGAAUUGGACACCCUUUUUAUCUCUGCUAAUUUCUGUAUUUAAUCUAUUUAAAAAGAACCACAGAAGUAAAGCCUGUAGAAAACAAACAUAAUUUGUAUUUUGAGCUUGACCCAAACAAUUUGUUCAAUUUACAACAGUCCAUAUGCUUUCUUGGCUUCAACUUAAGAUUCCAAGAUUUGUAUAUAGUUUGUUAUAAUUUAGUUAUUUGGCCUGUUCGACCAAUCUUUUUCGAAGGUCAAAGAAAGCUAUAUUUUUCUUGUAUUAAAAUGCCAAUUCAUGUACUAUCUCUCCAGCUUCUGUGGAAAUAUUGACAGCUCAAUCUUGUUACGGUUCUUUGAUCCACUACCUACAGAACAACAGUAGGUCUUGUAUAAUGUAAUAGUACAGGUGUAUUUGAAAUGAUUAGAAUGUCACUUGAAUGGCUUGUAAUUGCAAAUGAGCUUCCAGUUUUGUUUGUGUCUGUAGAAAGAAUAGAAUCCUGCUCACUGAUGAGUGUUAGUGUCCUGUAGUUAAAGAAUGAAUCUAAAAAUCUCCCAGUAUUGCAAAUUAUGCUGGGGUGUGCUUGUGUCCCAUAAGAGUUUGGGUUGAGUAUUUUACUGCAAGUUGGUUUAAUCAGUUAUCUUGAAGCCUGACCUUGUGAAUUACAUCAACAACCUGUAGUCACCAUUGCUUUAGCAGUUUGCUACUCUUAUGGUGUGUCUCUAGUCUGAUGCCAGUGGCACUGGUUCAGAAGUGAAUUUAAUGUGAAAUAUGCAUUCAUUGCAUAAAUCACAGGUCAUGGGUCAGGUAUGGAAAACUGUUUAAAAGUUAUCAUUUCCACUUGACAGUUAAAUGUAAUUGAAUCUCCCCUGAAAGUGGAAAUGUCAAGGUUUUGUUGUUAAACCUUUUUUUAAAGCCAUGUUUCAUUGGGGAGCUUUGUUUAAAGUCGCUGAAGGUUGUCUUUUUAUUGUGGAGUGCUUUUAUUCCAUUGUUUUGUCAGUAGUUGCUGUUGGGAUGUUUUAUGUCUAUGAUAGCAGUGUCAGUGUGAGGACAUUAGACAAGUAUGGAAGGAUUGAAACUGUGGCAGUGGGUUCAUUAGGCCUUCUGCAUAAAAACCUGGCUUUUACAAUGGAUUGUAUUUGCCAGAACACACGUUUUCAAGUUAACCUAUUUUCUUUUUAUAUAAGAGAGGUUCUCCACUGGUGUCAAGUUGUUUUGUUGUAAAAGGUGUAUUUACUGAAAUGAACUCUUUCUAUGGGCAUGUACCAGUGACUGCAGGUUUAUAACAUGCAUAAACACUGAACUUAACUUCAGAAAUAUUGCAAAAUAAAAUGUAACACUUUUAUAGAGAUCUGUUCCAUGUUAAGUUUGGAACCCAAAUGCUGAAGGUAAAUUUGAACAAUGUUUGUGCAUCAGUACAUAUGUGGGUUUUUAAAGAAAAAUCUUGCUGAAAGCAGCAGUUUAGAUAUUACUAGGGAGGCUGCUUUGCAGGAACUAUUGCUCAAUACCUUUUCACGGUCUCUGUUUGGAAUUUAAUCAAAAAGGAACAUUAUCUUUAUUACAAGCCACUCAAGUCACAUGAUGCUAGGUUUCUGGUUUGUUAUAUCUACAAUCCACAGUGUCCAUAGUUCUUGUUCUGGCGUGGUUUAUUUAUGCAGUUUUGCAUAAAUUUGUCUUGAUAUUCACUAGAUUGAUUUUGAGUAAUAAACUUUGUACCACUUAUGUAAACUGGUAGAAACAGAUUGAUUUGACGACUUCAAACAUUAUUAUGUUGGCUAAGUAUUGGAUAUUUCUGAAAAUAUGAGAGGCUUCUGCUUUGUUUCAUUUCUAUGAAUGUCCAACUAAAUUAAAACCAGUCCAAAAUAAAUGAUCAUGCUGGAUGCUUUUGUUUUGGACCAAAUUUAUUUUGCCAUAAAUAAAUAAAAAUUACAGCAAGCA